AUGGGAGUUCCCCACAUAAAUGCCCGCCAAGAGGUGCAGGUUAUAACGCAGACCGUUUCUCUCCCCACGACCACUUACACCACUCAAGUCACGCUAGGCGUGGCUUCGGCUCCAGCCACGGACCGUCCCGUCGUGACGUCUCAACACAGCGGCGAUGGAUUAAGCAGUGCGCAGAUCGGAGCAAUAAUCGGAUGCAUCGUUGGAGUAUUCGUGCUCGCUUUUAUUGUGGUAUGUUGCUGUCGAAGACCGAAGCAGCCUAAGAAGCGGAGGAGUUAUCGAAGCAGUUAUGCGGAUUCUUCAGAUGGCUGGUCUGAGAGGAUGCCGAAUGAGAACUGGGUGAGGCCUGUGCCUAUUCCUGUUGCUAGGCCUGUUCCUGUCCAGUUUCCGUCGCCGGUUGUGCAGAGGGAGCAGAUUCCCGGGGGACCGAAGUAUCCGACUUAUAGGGCGAUUCCUAUUCCUAACCCGAGAAGGGGAGAGAAUCCACCGAGGACAUAUUGGCGAUAG